UGCAGUUUGCUGCUCAACUGGGCCGCAUGGAACCAUUCGACGCUUCCACGAAUGAUUGGGCGUCGUACGAAGAACGGCUGACGUCGUUUCUUAUCGUCAACCGCGUUCCCGAAGGUGACAGAGUACAUGCAUUCCUGAGCAUCAUAGGCCCCAGUACCUACAGUCUUCUGAAGCCGCUGGUUGCCCCGGAGCUGCCUUCAGCCAAGAGCUUCGAGGUACUAAAGAAGAUGCUGGGGGACCAUCUGUCGCCGAAACCGGCGGUCAUUGGCGAGCGAGCAAAGUUUCACAGGAGGCAGCAAGUCGACGGCGAGUACAUUUCUGAUUACGUUGCCGAGCUACGGAAGCUAGCACGAGCCUGUGAUUUUGGAAGCGUGUUAGAUGAAUCCCUCCGGGAUCGCUUCGUCUGCGGCUUGUUAAGAGAGGAUAUACAGCGAGUGCUGUUCACGGAGGAUAGCAAGCUUACGUUUCAGAGAGCGGUAGAGCGCGCUGUGGCUAUGGAGGCGGCAACGAAAAGCACUGCGGAAGCCCGUACAGGUGUCUACAACCAACCUCAUGCAUAAGGUACAGGCGACUUCGAGUGUCCGGUCGCAGGCAUGUUUUCGCUGCGGGUCACCAAAACAUUCCGGCAAAGCGUGUCCCCAUGUAAAUGACAAAUGUUAUAAAUGCAACAAAAGGGGGAACCUACAACGAGUUUGCCGUAGCACCUCCGACCAGUCGCGUGGGCAACGCCCCAUCAAGGACACUGCAAAAACGCUAUCGGUGGUAUCCCGCUCGGAAGUGGCAGCCUUAAAGGGCGUAUGGGCGCGCAGUAUUGAGCCCUUCAUGGUACCGAUGAAAGUAAAUGAUGUGACAGUCCCUAUGGAGCUAGAUACAGGUGCCGCCGUCACAUUCAUGCCUUAUAAACAAUACCGCCAAUUUCUUUCAUCAGCCAGGCUCAACCCGACAGAAGUAAAGCUCCGCACCUAUACAGGAGCCCUGGUGAUCCCAAAAGGCGUCCUGCAAGUCAAGGUGCAGCACGAUGGCAACACGACGAGCCUUCCUCUAUACGUCGUCGACCAGGAGGGGCCACCGUUGCUGGGUCGGGAAUGGCUUCAGGCAAUUAGGCUGGAGUGGAGCAAAAUCUGGAACGUCCACCAUCUGCCAAGGUCAGAGCUGCCUUUUUCUUGUCGUUUAGAGGAAAGGCUGAGCGCUUUGAUCGCAAAGUACGACUCUCUAUUUAAAGAUGAGUUAGGCAUGAUUACAGAAGAAAGGGCCGAGCUGUAUUUCAAGCCUAAUCAGGCACCGAAGUUUCUCAAAGCAAGAAACGUGCCGUUCGCACUGCAAAAGGCGGUUGAGCUUGAAAUUUCGAAGAUGGAAAACAUGGGCAUCAUAACGGCCGUUGCCACAUCAGAUUACGCAACGCCAGUGGUACCCGUUAUCAAGAAAGACGGUGGCAUACGCCUCUGUGGCGAUUAUAAGGUGACAAUGAAUCCGUGCCUUGACGUCAAACGUUACCCGUUGCCGAAGUUCGAUGACUUAUUCGCGGCUCUGUCUGGAGGCACACAUUUUUCAAAGAUCGACCUGAACCGCGCUUAUCAGCAAGUGGUCAUGUCUGAUGCCUCAAAGCAAUACCUAACCUUGAACGCGCACAAGGGGAUUGUUUGUCAUCAACCGAUUACCUUUUGGAAUCGCUUCCGCGCCGGGGAUUUUCCAAAAGAUAAUGGACAAGAUGUUGAAGGACCUCAAAGGUGUUUGCUGCUACCUAGAUGAUAUUUUGGCAACUGGGAAAACACUAGAAGACCACUUAGCUAAUCUCGAAGCGCUGCUGGAGCGUCUUCCUAGAGUGUCAGGGUAAAGAAAGAGAAGUGCUCGUUUUUUCAAAGCGAACUUCACUACCUUGGGCACAGAAUCAGCGCUGAGGGCAUUUCACCAUUGUCCGAUAAAGUUGACGCCCUUCUCCAGGCACCAGAACCGAAAUCAAAGAAGCAGCUUCAGUCUUUGUUUGGCGUUGUCAACUAUUACAGCAAGUUCGUGCCCCAGUUAGCAACGAUAGCUCAACCAUUUUUCAGACUUCUGCGAAAAAAGCUAACGUGCCACUGGGACGAGCAUGCUAGAAAAGCGUUCAACCAAGUGAAAGCGCUAUUGGCACAACCACCUACGCUCGCACACUAUGACCCUGAAAGAUAACUUAGGCUGUCAUGCGACGCGUCUCACUAUGGUGUAGGAGCAGUCCUAUUUCAUGUCUACGAUGACGGAAGGGCACGGCCCAUUGCUUACGCUUCACGAACGCUAUCUGAAGCGGAAAAGAACUACAGUCAACUGGAGAAAGAAGCGCUAGCCAUCAUUUUCGGUGUAAAGAAGUUCCACUUCUAUCUUUAUGGGCGCUCAUCCACAUUGGUCACAGACCAUAAGCCUCUUCAAACAAUAUUGGGCCCGACAGCCGGUAUUCCCACCAUCGCAGCUGCUCGUAUGCAACGCUGGGCCGUUAUGUUGGCAGCCUACUCCUAGAAUCUUAUCUUCAAGAAAUCGAGCGAGAACGCGGAAGCCUAUUUCUGCUCGCGUCUGCCGCUGCCAGAUCUUGAAGCGGAAACCAAAGAAACAGAAGAAACAUUUUAUUCGUUGCGCUUGGACUCGUUGCCUGUUUCUAGUCGAGAUAUCGCGGCUGCUACAUGUAAAGACCGAAUUAUUUGUCAAGUGAAGGAAUUCACAAAUGUGGGAUGACCCGCGUCGAUCAAGGAUGAACAGUUGAAGCCUUUUUUUCGCAGGUGCAACGAACUGACGGUGCAUCAGGGAUGGUGAGGCAUUCCUUUUCAGUCGUAGAACAAUUGCCUUCCACUUUUGGCAGUGACCGGCUAGCAUUAGAUAUCAGCCGUUCAAGUCCGUCUUUCCUCUGGACUAGGAUGGCACCAAGGCUUAGGCUACUGGCGCCAUUGUGGAUUUCGGUAUCAGCGUCCUCGUCGAAGUGGCGCAAGUACUGGUGGCGACUGCAUGCGUCGUUUGAGUUCUUGAAAUGCAUCGGCCUGCGGCGGUUCCCACUUGAACUCGACAUCACAUUUGGCUAGAUGUGUUAUCGGCUUCGCGAUGCGUGAAAAGUCCUUGACAAAGCGCCUGUAGUAGGCACACAUACCAAGGAAUCUACGCACUGCCUUCUUGUCGAUGGGCUGCGGGAACUUUGAUAUGGCAGCUGUCUUCUGUGGGUCGGGGCGGACUCCAGAUUUGCUGAUUACGUGGCCUAGGAACAGAAGCUCGUCGUAAGCGAAGCGGCACUUUUUCGGCUUCAUAGUGAGCCCUGAUGACUUGGCUUGUGAUAUUGUCGCAAGGCGCCUAAGGUGAUCGUCGAAAUUUCCGGCGAAGACAACGACGUCAUGCAAGUAAACAAGACACGUCUGCCACUUCAUCCUGUUAACACCGCGUCCAUGACGCGCGGGAACUUUGGAGGCGCCGAGCACACUCCGAAUGGCAUGACCUUGAACUCGUAGAGGCCGUGUGGCGUGAUGAUGACAUCGAAAAGGAGU